AUGAGAGACAAGCUGGAGACCUUAGCCCUGGUGUUGGGCUUCAUGGGCCUGUUUGGGACCAUCACCAUCACCGCCCUGCCCAUGUGGAGAGUCUCUGCCUUCAUCGGCGCCAAUCUCGUGGUCAUGGAGGACCUCUGGGAGGGCUUGUGGAUGAACUGCUGGAGGCAGGCUAACGUCAGGAUGCAGUGCAAGGUCUACGACUCCUUGCUGAUUCUCCCGUCAGAGCUGCAGGCGGCCCGGGCGCUCAUGUGCGUCUCCGUAGUUCUGGUCGUCAUCGCCUUGCUCAUCACGGGAUGUGGGACCCGGAGGUUCACCUGCUGCGGUGACAACAUCAGGUCAAAGAACGUCACCCUGGCCUUAGGGGGCUGUUUGUACCUGCUCUCCUUUUUGACCACCAUCAUCCCCGUCAGCUGGGUGGACCUGACCGUCAUCAGCAACUUCUACAACCCGCUGGUGCACGAGGGGCGCAAGCGGGAGCUGGGGAGCGCCCUCUUCAUCGGCUGGGCCACGGGGGGCGUCCUGCUCAUCACUGGGAUCAUCAUUCUGAUCAGUUACAGCAAACAUCGAGCCAAGGACGAAGAUCCCUACUACACUGGUGCAGCUCUGGGGUCACUGAGGAAACCGUCCACAGAGGGGAGCGCCUACCUGAAGAGGACGCCAUCCAGCGCUCAUAAGCAUCACGAAUAUGUGUAA